AAGUCAAAAAGUUACACAAAAAAGCCAACAGCUUUGCAAUACUGACUCUUAGUUCUCAAUGUUUGUUGUAUGAUUUACGCCGCUAACCGGAAGUAGUUUGGUUAUCACCAACUGUUAAAAUCUUGACGAACAUUGUUAUCUUAGAGCAGCCGAUUGCCAUCGUGGGUUUUCGGUGACUACCGUUAUAUAAUUUUGUCUCUUCUGUGUGAGGGUCAGAAAUUCCUCCUUCAGUUGUUUAUUCCGAGCCGUCUAAAGUGGAAUGGCGGAGCCAAGCGCCAGAUAUCAGCAGCUGCCUAAUGAGGACACUGAAGAGAGUCAACAGGAAGCAGCAGACGCACCGCCUCCAUACAGCAGCAUCUCUUUGGACAACUCUGCCUUCUUUGACUACAAGGAGGAUGGCGUUUUCCCGAAGCCUCCGUCUUACAACGUAGCAACUACACUACCUUCCUAUGACGAAGCAGAAAGAAGUAAAGCCGAGACCUCUGCUCCACUGGUGAACGCCAGAGAUGAUGAGUUUGUGGCCAGAGAUGAAUUUGAAGAUGCAGACCAGCUGAGGAUAGGAAAUGAUGGCAUCUUCAUGCUCACGUUCUUCAUGGCGUUCCUGUUCAACUGGAUUGGUUUCUUCUUGUCCUUCUGCCUCACCACAUCAGCAGCAGGACGCUACGGGGCCAUCUCAGGCUUUGGCCUCUCCCUCAUUAAAUGGGUCCUCAUAGUCAGGUACUCCACAUACUUCCCUGGUUACUUUGAUGGGCAGUACUGGCUGUGGUGGGUCUUCCUGGUUUUAGGCUUCUUGCUCUUUCUGCGAGGCUUUGUCAACUAUGCCAGAGUUCGCAGGAUGGCCGACACCCUCUCAACUCUGCCCCGCACCCGAGUCCUCUUCAUCUACUGAAGACUUUAUCCCUUUUCCUUUUCCUUUUUGAAAUGAUCAAUUAACAAAGGGAAAGCUGAUUAUUGACACCCUCUUUCUAGCGUCCUUCAGAUAAAACGGCAUGCGUCGCCCUUUUUUGCAAUAAAAGAAUUAAAAUCUGCAGAAUUCUUUAAGUAAUUGUGAAAUUUAGUGCUUUCAGCAACAAUUAAAAGACGUUCAAAUGAAUGCCUUAUUUAUUGUGUUGUAUGUUGGUUCCAGCAACAUUUGCAGUUCUCUGUUUUGGCCACAAGGGUGCAGUGUUGUAUGCAUAAAUGUUUUUGCCCUGUAGUUCGAUGUAACGAAACCCAAAGGGUGUUUCUAAAGCGGGGGGCCAGUAGGGCAGGGGUUAAGGGAUAUGAUCUACGAGUAAAAUAUAUAUGUAUAUUAGUGUAAUGUGUUUCUGACCAGCACUGACUGGUUGCUUUGGAUUAUUUCGCAUGAUAAAACCUUUUUUUUUCUUUUUUUCUCUCAGGUGGCUAAAAAGAAAACAGUCACAAUUCUUUGGGCCAAGUUUUUGCAAAAUGUGUUUUUUUUCUUCAUGUGAAAACAGUUUGUACACUUGCUAAUAUUAGCAGUUUUUUUGUUUAUUACUGUAUUAAAGCAGAAAAUCUUGAGAGAAAUUCAGCAGGUUUUGGAUUUAAGUAGAUCAUCUGUCACAGAAUUUCUUGGUUUUGUGCAGGUAGGCAGUUUUUGUUUACCUAGUGAUUGUUCAAUGAUUAUUUUUCUUCAUCCAAACUGCAUUUGUGGUGUCAUAAUGGAAUAUGAAUUAAAAAAAAUAACUUUAA